AUGACCCAGUUGCUGUUCUUGGUUUUGUUUGCGGAAGUGGCCAUGGCAUUCUUGCUGCUAGUAAAGAUCGGGCCUUUGAGGGAACUGGUGCUCAAGAGUUUGGAUCAGGUGAAGAUGGGGAAAGGUCCCGCCAGUGUGAAAACAAUUGCUGGUACUAUGUUUGUGAUCCUAUUGUCGUACCUCAUGAGCAUCGUGAAGAUCCAAAACAAAGGAGCCAAGCUUGGUACUCUGUCGCCUAUGGACCAAGUUCUCUGGAGAAGCCACUUGCUCGAGGCUUCACUCAUAGGUUUUACACUGUUCCUCGGGUUUGUGAUUGAUCGUAUGCACCACUAUCUCAAAAAGCUAAUCGGUCUCAAAGGCAGCGUUGGAUCAUCAAAAGAUGAGUUCGAAAAGCUUCAAAAAGAGAACGUGCAGCUCAAAGAUAAGGAAGAGAAAGCUUCCAAGAAAAUUAAGCAGCUUCAGGAAAAAAUCUCAGCUCUAUCAGAAGACUUGAAGAAGGCAAAGCUCGAAGCAGAAGAAAAGGAUAAGAAGAUUGAAACAGCUGAAGGCCAUGUCACCGCCCUCCAGAAACAAUCUGCAGAUCUGUUGCUGGAAUACGACCGGUUGCUUGAAGACAACCAAAACCUUCAGGCUCAAGCUCAAGGAUACAAGAGUUGA